AUGGCUUCGACAGCGAGUAGUACGCCUCCGCCGAAACGGAAGUUCGUUCCAGAGCUCAUAGAGUCGACCACAAAGUCGUCGUCGUCGUCGUCAUCCUCGCGCACAACGGCCAAGGAUAAGGACGGGAAGAAGAAGGCAGGGGAUGGGUCGACAACAGCGCCAAAGGGGACGAGCAGGUUCCGGCCUCAGUUGAUUGAGACGACGACGGAGACCAGCCGAAAAGCUGUCAAGCAAGACGGAGAUGGUGACAAGGGCAAACAGAGGGGCGUUGGUGGGAGUGCUGGUCGUGCAGGAUUAGGGGAUGCCGAUCAGCAACAAAAGAAGUCGAGGGAUGCUGCAACGAAGACGUCACAAUCGCCGCGGAAGUUCACUCCCCAACUGAUUGAGACCGGCAAACGGUCGUUCCGCCAGAACCCUGCAGGAAGCCCUGCUCGACAGAAUUACGGUAGCAGCAACGUCUGCUCAACGAACACGCUUCGGUUUCGAGCCACGGAUUCGGAAUCGAAAUAUUCAUACGCAAGCCUAUCUCGACGCCAUGGAAGCAGACGACAGUCGUUCCAGGUCCCCAACCUACCUGCCAUUCCCUCGACCAGCAGUGAAGGCUCCGGCGAAUCACCAACCUCAUCGCUCUCCACCUCCCCUACCAAUUUCUCCAACGAAGGCGGUCAUCAGAAUGUGCAGGUUCACUACCCCGACUCCUACACUGGCUCCUACCCCGACAGUCACAUGUACAACCUUCACUCUCGCCUGGUCUCCGAGAAGUUGAAGGACCAAGCCCUCGCCGCCUUCCCCAACGAGCAGGUCUACCAGCCUGUCUCCCACUUUGCCAUCGACCGAGAGGAUAGCAACUCCGAAGAAGAUGACGACAGCAUGGAAACCGCCUUUAGACAGCUGUCAAUUGACCUGUCCAGGUUCCGCCGGGAGUCUACUGCCGAUCUCGCCUGGGAGCUGGAGGAGAUGCGACGGUACAAGGAAGAGUCAGAGAUGAGGUCUCGGGAACGCCUCUUUGCGGCUAACCAUACAUCGAAAUUUUCCGCGGCUGCGCUUGCCGCACGAUACAAGGAUGAAUGGGAAGCCUUUGAAACAGGCGGUUACGACAUUAUUGGCGGCUGGCAGAAAGGGGUAAAUCUCGCGCCCAUGCGUGAAGCCGCGAGCCCGCCGAUGCUGGGAGACGACAUCGUUUUCACUCGAUGUCAGUCUCCCAAAUCAACGUUGGUAGGAGACGACCACCUGCCUACGCCAGCCACGAGCCAAAACCGAAACUCAGCAGGUCCCUGCAAUGCGGGUGGACUAUGGACCGCAGAUACAAAUAUGUCGGGCUGCGGUGGACUCGGGCUCUGGAACGGCACCUGUAAGAGAAAGUCCGGUGACCAGACAAGCUGUGAUCGCUCUUCGCAGAACUCGUCACUACACAAUAGCGGCCUUGUUACUCCUGCUCCCGAGCGAAUGGACAUUGUUCUACCGCCCACCCCAACAUCUACACCUUUGGGCUCUCUCAUCCGGCCCUCGAAAGAGAUCUCCCCCGAUCUUGUCUCACUCGCCACUAUUCCCGUCACCUCAUCACCUUCCCCCGCCAUUCUCGUCCAGCCAUACGAUCCCGAUCUUGAGCGUGAAAUCGAAGCGGAGUUCAAUGAUAGUUUUGUUACGCAGAUAUACAAUUACUUAUCGCUGGGAUACCCAUGCUUAGCGCGCGAUUUUGACGCAGAGCUAAGUAAAAUCACAAAUAUCGCUAUCGAAACACUCCGGAGCGAUGACCAGCACGCCAAUGCGAAGGGCUACAUCGAUCUACCGGAUUGUCGAACUGGUGCUUGCACCACUCCUACCACUACUACCACGCCCGGGUGCGUGCGUUGGAAUGCGUUGAAGCUGUAUAUCCAUGAAUGGGCGAGGCAACAGCCUCGUUCCGGAGCUGACAGAGCGGUCGACUCUUGGGGUGUCCCCGAGCGAAGAGGCAGCUGGGCUGUCUAA